AUGGGAUUUGAUAGCUAUGGUUUCACUGGGAAUUGGAAAGAACCAGUUAAAGCAAUCCAUAAAGGUGGGCCACAAUAUGAAGCUGAAGUUCGACUUGCACAGGGGAAGUAUUAUUACAAGUUUAUAGUGAAUGGGAAUUGGAGGCAUUCAACAACUUCACCUACAGAAAAGGAUGAUAGGGGGAAUGUUAAUAACAUACUUGAGGUUGGUGACAUGGCAAAUGUGAGGCCUUAUAUUCAACAUCCAAAGAAGGAAAACAUGUCAGCAACCAUCAAAAUAUGCAACAAGAUCGUGCAAGACCAUCCAACACCAUAA